AUGCCAAACCCCCCUCACCAGAAGAACAACCCCGAGAUUACCGCUCUGCCGGCCUCGUCCCCAAUCGAAGAGAUAGUCAAUGUCAUUCGCCGUGAUGGAGGUAUCAUCAUCAAGAAUUUCAUCACGCCCGAGGAAGCCGAUCAGAUUCAGAAAGAGGCCGAUCCUCACUACCAGAAGGUUGGUAAAUAUGAGGGAACACUGUUUCCACCUACUGAUCCACCACUGAGCGGGUUUGCUGGAAAGUCUCCCACAUUUGCCCACAAAGGCAUCAAUCAUCCCGUUUACCGUGAGGCAGCAAAGCUACUGCUCAAGGAAGAGUCGUACCCUUUCCGCGAUGGCAAGCGGUACAAGUGUGUUUCCAACCCUGUUUUGGCAGUCUCGGAGGCUUUCUCCCGUGAACGGUCCAAGGCCCAACCACUCCACCGUGACGACAUGGCUCAGCAUUUCGAUCACGUCGAGGGUAGCGGAGAGAGCUCUUUACUCGGCCUCCUUGUCGCUGGAACUAAAUGCACCUUUGAGAACGGAGCUACGCAGAUAAUUGUUGGCUCUCACCUCUGGCCAGAGGCUGCUAUCUCCGGCCCAGCGGACCGAUUUCUGUGCUCAACUGCCGAGAUGGAAAAGGGCGAUGCAGUUAUGAUCAUUGGGAGUGUUUGGCACGGCGCUGGAGCCAAUAUCACCGACGAGCGACGCAAUAUCUUCUCUUCGCACAUGGUUCGUGGCUCGUACCGGGCCGACGAGAACCAGUAUCUGGCUAUACCUUAUGAAGUUAUCAAGGACUAUGAUCCAGAGGUGCAGUCCUUGCUGGGCUACUCAGUUAGUCACCCCACCUGCGGUCAUGUAGAUAUGAAGGAUCCCAUUGUCCCUCUCGGCAGCAAGGAGGAUCCAUUCGGGUAUGGCAGUAUCGAGGGACAGGUAGUUGCUUAG